AUGGUGCGGUCCAGCGCCGACCAAACUGACGUCAAGCGGCAGCCGGCGGCCGUCAAGAGCGAGCGGCAGCUGACGGCGGAGGAGCACUGGGAGUGGCACGCGCCGCACAUCCGCAACUGGCGCGGCGAGUGGAAGAUCUGGAAGCCCGUAGACAGCGACGCGUUGCAGAAAUCGUUCAAAUCUGUCCGUUCGUUCCAAUUCAAGGAUGAGGAGAAGACAGCUUUUGACCACGUGAAUGACUGGUACGAGGAGAAGGGGGAUUUGACCAUGACUCCCCUAUCAGGGGUAACUUGGGAAAUCACCCGCAAGGAACACAGCCUGCCCGACGGCAUCAUGCACCCUGCCCGCCCGUCUCACCGCGUGCUGUGCGUCAAUCCCAAGGGCGAGGGCGCAUGGGUGCAGCAGCAGUUCAGAGGGCCACAGGAGGGGCUUUACCUUGAAGCCUUCUUUAGCAAGGGUAUGGUAUAG